AUGGCUGCUGUUUUUCCAAACGUUUCGUCGUUGCCCGCAGGGAACUAUGAAGUAUUGGGAUUUGGACCACAAUCUUCAGAAGAUUGUGAACAAGUCUUUGAUACAAGAUUUGAAGAAUUCUAUGACCAAGAACCCUACAGUUAUACUGGAGUUUCAAUCGUCAACCUACAGAAUCUGGUAGAUGAAAGAAAAGUCGUCCAUAAAGAUUCUACCCAUCCUUUGGAGACUUCCUCGAUACCACCGAUUUACGAACAACUGANAUCCUUCAUCGUUGAAGAUGCAACUAGAACUGGUUUCCCAAUCUCACUAUUUUCUUCUGUUUCAAAUGUUACUGACGUGAAGAAUCUGGUAGAUGAAAGAAAAGUCGUCCAUAAAGAUUCUACCCAUCAUUUGGAGACUUCCUCGAUACCACCGAUUUACGAACAACUGAAAUCCUUCAUCGUUGAAGAUGCAACUAGAACUGGUUUCCCAAUCUCACUAUUUUCUUCUGUUUCAAAUGUUACUGACGUGAAGGUGAAAGAAAAGGCUUUGCUAGAAUCCUUCGACAGUCUUCGUCCGUUAUACCCAGAACCGAUCAUGCAGCUCUCUUGUUCGUACAAGUAUUACUCAGCAAGUAUUGAAAUGGAACGUUUGAACUCGAUUCAAGGCGAACUGUCAAAUGCAAUGAAGGACUUCCAUAACCAGAAUUUUGACUCUCAACUAAACAAGAUAAUUGACAGGGUUGAAUACAGUUUGAAAUUACUUUCUUCUCGUGAUAGACCUUCACCGUCAAUAACGCGAACUAGGCCUGUAUUAAUGCGUAACUCUCUCAAAGUUCUUGAAGAAUGGUACGAGUGUCAUCUGGAUCAUCCAUAUCCAACAGCUUCACAAGUAGAAUGGUUAGCACAGGUUUCCAGUCUGAACACAGAACAAGUCAAGAAAUGGUUCGGAAAUAAAAGAAGUCGUUCCAAGAAUACAAGAUCCCUGACCGAAAUCGCCAAGGUUAAACGAAGACAGAGACUACUGAAGAGACAUUGA